UAGCUGAUUAUCAGAAACGACGUUUUCAGAGUCGAGAGAAAACAUUCUGAUUAUUCUUUGAAAAACGAAUGCAUAGAAAACGUAAAAACAGAAAACGUAAACUUCUUCAAUUAAAGUAUUAAGUUUAUUCGAGAUGGAAAUAAAUCAUGGUUCAUUCACGUCUCAUUUCAGCACCUCGCGAGAUAACGGCUUUUCAUUUCAUUGGAAAAUCGAACGUUUCUCUACAUUAACGCCUGGUUCCCUCAUUACGUCUCCAGACUUUUAUCUUACAAAAAGGACGAAAAACUUACAUUGGUACUUGGAAUUUAAAGUUGAGGAAAACUGGGACCGUUACUCGACGCUUCGCCCGAUUUUAUAUCAACUAAAUCUAUGCAAUAAAGACGAGGUCAAUAUAGGCAUUGACUUUACGAUGGAUGUAAUCCUUAACCAGGAGGAUUUACCUCGAAAAAGAUUUGAUUCCAUUGAGAGCUUUCGCAUCCUCAAGAAAGUGAAUUUGCUUCCACGCAUUCUAUUCCCGUUACUAUGUAAAGAUGAUUUCAUAAACUUUGCUUGUUCUAUUAGAGUUAAAUGUGGUCCAGGAAUGGAUUGGAUACCACACAGGCCUAUUAAGCUGCCAGCCAAAAACAGCCCAUCUGUAUUGCGAAACGAUCACAAAAUAACUUUACAUCAACCCCAUAAUACUUCUGUUCGAGCAAAACUAACUAAUAAACAAUCCAUUCCAAACCAAAUUCGAAAGCCAACAAAAAAUUCCACUACUGAAGUUGCAAUCUGUAACUCCAAGCAAACACAGACCUCCCAAGCUGUAAAUACAGACGAAAUUUCUGAAGUUGAAUCUUUAAAACAACUUUCGAUCGAUUUAAAAAGAAUCCUUAUUCAAGCCAUGAAUACUGAUGUUACGAUUCGAGUCGAAGAUACCACCAUCAAAGCGCAUAAAACAAUAUUAUGUGCAAGAUCACAAGUGUUUUGCAGCAUGUUCGAACAUUCCACAUUGGAAGCCGCGCAUAAUGAGAUUGAAGUGACGGAUAUUAGAGCUUCUGUAAUGAAAAAACUCAUCAACUACUUGUACUCUGGUGAAAAAGAUCGCCUUCAAUACGAAGACGCAUGUGAGCUUUACUACGCAGCUGACAAGUAUGAGAUUUUGUAUCUUAGGGAAGCUUGUAUGAAAGAUCUCUUAUGCCUACUUGAUGUGAGCAACGCCUGUCCAAUGCUCAGUCUGGCAUAUCGCCACAGUGAUGACGUUUUCAAAGAACAAAUAAUGGACUUUAUUUCUAAGAAUUUUAAUUCUAUUGUCAAUACAGAAGCAUGGAUAGAAUUAACAGAUAACGACACAAGACUAGCUGCUCUUUUAGUACGUUAUUGUGCUGGAGCUAUUACUAACAACAAUGUCCAAGUGUAAGAAAGGAUGCCAUAUAAGAACACAAAUUCCGACAAGUACUUACACUUUCAAGUGGUCCAUAGAACACUUUUCAAAACUCUUGCUGGAAAAAGAAAUCACUAGUCCUGAUUUUUAUCCUUGCUGUUCUGGGGUAAGGUGGUUUUCUAUUUUGAAAAAGUCUUCAUCAUAUUCUCCCAGGAUUGAAGGCAAUAUAUAUCUUUUUUUUCGGUAGAAAAAAUUAUUUUCCACUUCUUUCACUAAAACUAAAUUUUUCUUUCACCGAAUUUACAAUUUUAUCGCAAUUGGCGAAGUAACGAAUUUUUAACAUGGACCCUGUACCUGUAUAUCAUAAUGAAACUGCUGAGAUAGAUCAUAAUGAAAUCUGUUAAAGAAAUUGCAAAUAAAGUUUUCUGUUUUCACUCUAUUGUGCCAGAGUAGUUGCUUCUUCUUCAGGACUUGACAGUAAGUUGUAAAACUGGUUACGAAGCCAUUUUAUUUUUUGUUGGUAUUUGUAGGGAGUAAAAUAAGCUAUAGUACAUAUAGCAUUCAAACAGGUAAGGAGUUACCCUUACUUGUUAUAAUGCUAUUAGUUUUUCUCUCUGUAUUAGCAUGCAGACAAUCUUUGGUAUUUGCAAGCAUAGCGAAGAGAACAAAAUGAUGCGACAAAAACAAGAGGAAUUAAAGGAACUAAACUGGAACGUAUUAUUACGUCCAUAAUAGAGUAACAUCAAAUGCCAUAUCUUGUAAUAGUGCGUCAAAAACAGGAAAUAGAUUAAUUGAAGACACCCUUGAAACAUAUUUCUUUUUCUGUCAUAUUUAAAAUAUGAACGUAAACUUUUUGGGGAAAGAUAAU